AUGAACGACGACGCAUACAUCAAGCGCAUCGAAGACAGAGUCGCCGGUGAAGCUGGUGAAAUAAGCACCACGCGCCACUGCCUUGAUCAAGCAAUGUGGAAACGCCUCAAGAAGCUGGCAAAGAAGACAUCGCACUGCCUUCAAAAGGAGCCGGAUACCGCUAAGCAAGCGAAGAAGCCAAAGCAAAGUGCUCCGGCAUACGGCGAAUACUCGAUGCCAUACAUUUUCUGUUAG